CCCGGGCGCCAACGCACAGCCCUGCAGAGACCCUCCAGCUGUUGGAGGAAAACGGAGAGCUUGUUUUUCUCUUGAAAUUCCUUGGCAUCCCCUAGAGCUUACAUUGUUUUGACAUCUUUUCAACUGUCCAGAGUUGAAGAGGGAAAUAAUCUUCAAUUCCAGAGUGUCCGUGGAUUUAGCGUUCUGUUCACCCUCCCGCCCCGACUUCUAACUCUUCAGCCAACCCAGCCUAAUCAUGGUGAUGUUCAAGAAAGUCAAGUCUUUUGAGGUGGUCUUUAACGACCCUGAAAAGGUGUACGGCAGCGGGGAGAAGGUGGCCGGCCGGGUGGUGGUGGAGGUGUGCGAGGUCACCCGCGUCAAGGCCGUGCGGGUCCUGGCGUGCGGCGUGGCCAAGGUGCUGUGGAUGCAGGGGUCGCAGCAGUGCAAGCAGACCCUGGAGUACCUGCGCUACGAGGACACGCUUCUCCUGGAGGACCAGCCCACAGGUGAGAAUGAGAUGGUUAUCAUGAGACCUGGAAACAAAUAUGAGUACAAGUUCGGCUUUGAGCUUCCUCAGGGGCCUCUGGGAACAUCCUUCAAAGGAAAAUACGGGUGUGUAGACUACUGGGUAAAGGCUUUUCUUGAUCGCCCCAGCCAGCCAACGCAAGAGACAAAGAAAAACUUUGAAGUGAUGGACCUAGUGGAUAUCAAUACCCCUGAUUUAAUGGCACCAGUGUCUGCUAAAAAGGAGAAGAAAGUUUCCUGCAUGUUCAUUCCUGAUGGGCAGGUCUCCGUCUCGGCCCGAAUUGACAGAAAAGGAUUUUGUGAAGGCGAUGAGAUUUCCAUCCAUGCUGACUUUGAGAAUACAUGUUCCCGAAUUGUGGUUCCCAAAGCUGCCAUCGUAGCCCGCCACACUUACCUUGCCAAUGGCCAAACCAAGGUGCUGACGCAGAAGUUGUCAUCUGUUAGAGGCAAUCAUAUUAUCUCAGGAACCUGUGCAUCAUGGCGUGGCAAGAGCCUUCGGGUGCAGAAGAUAAGGCCUUCUAUCCUGGGCUGCAACAUCCUUCGAGUUGAAUAUUUCCUUCUGAUCUAUGUUAGCGUCCCUGGUUCCAAGAAAGUCAUUCUUGACCUGCCCCUGGUCAUUGGCAGCAAGUCAGGUCUGAACAGCCGGACGUCCAGCAUGGCUAGCUCCGAGAUGAGUUGGGUAGAUCUGAACAUCCCUGAUACCCCAGAAGCUCCUCCUUGCUAUAUGGAUAUCAUUCCUGAAGAUCACCGAUUGGAGAGCCCCACCACUCCUCUGCUAGAUGACACAGAUGGCUCUCAAGACAGCCCUAUUUUUAUGUAUGCUCCUGAGUUCAAGUUCAUGCCACCACCUACUUACACUGAGGUGGAUCCCUGCAUCCUCAACAACAAUGUGCAGUGAGCAUGUGGAAGGAAAGAAGCAGCUGUAUCUACUUGUUUCUUCCCACCUCUUCCUGGACUCUCUUGCAGACUCAACAGUCUCGACAGUGGGGUUUGGGUCCACCCCAGCCUCUGACUCCCCAGUGUAGGAGGUGACCAGCGGGCAGUCUCCUGGGCCUUAAAGGGUGCACACUCAUCCUCCGCCAGCCAAGAUGUUGUGAUAAUGGGGUGUUUGCUAGAUGGGUUUAAAAACACACUAGAAAAACUUACGCCCAUCCCAUUUUCUGAGAUCUUGAAAAUUGAGGCAUAUUCAGUAGUUUUGAAUAAGGGGUAGAAAUGGCCUCCUGGCGUGGUCAUCCCAAGAUUCUGUGGAGUGGAAUAUUGAUUGUUAUAAUGAUGUCAGAUCUUGAACUUCUGUACCGUGUGGAACAGAGCCAAUUUAGCAAACUGGGAAAAUGAAAAGGAAAAAAAGCAUGUCCGUAACUUUGGGAAAAGGGGGUUCUUAAAAUCAUCUUUGCCCUUUGUAAAUUUAUAGAAAAA